AUGUCCGCCACCACGACGAGCACAAUCACCACCCGGAUUCACGGGAGCAUUCCACCUUUCCCAGCCGACCUUAUUCACGCGCCGAUUGCUGAGAUCUCCUCCAAACGCCUCCUGGAAAAGGACCCUUCGUCCACAGCGGCGGUUUUGCAAGCAUGCCAGACGUACGGAUUUUUCUAUCUUGACAUGACCGACUCCGAACAGGGACGCGAGCUCCUCACCGAAGCGGAUCAGCUCCAUGACUUGAGCAAGAAGGCGCUAGCUCUUCCCUUUGAAGAAAAAGACCAAUACGACUUUCGCAAGACAGGCUCCUUUUUCGGGUACAAACCCGCCGGCACGGUCAAGUUGACCGACAAGUCCCAGCGUCCAGACAGCACCGAGUUCUUCAACAUUGGGAAGGACUGUCUCUUUGGCGUCGCGCCGAGCAGGACGUAUCCCGAGAUCAUCCAGGAUGCGAGGCCAUUGCUUCAGGCAUUCUGCAAGGGCGCGCACGAGAUGGCCAUGACGAUCCUCCGCACGCUCGCGCGCGCCUUCGGCGAAGAAGACGAGGAAAUCUUCGUCAACCUCAACCGCUUCGAGGAGUCGUCAGGCGACCAUAUCCGCCUGACGCUCAAGCCUCCUUCGGACGCAACGAAGACGGAUGUCCUUGGGCUGCCCUCGCACACCGACUUUGGCAGCGUCACCAUCCUCUUCAACUGGCUCGGUGGGCUCCAGAUCGAAUCGCGCACUCCCGGCCGCGUCGGCGAAUGGGAGUACGUCAAGCCAGUACCGGGAAAAGCGAUCAUCAACCUAGGGGAUGGCAUGGUGCACUUUUCCAACGGAAGCCUGAAGAGCGCGAAACGCCGCGUGGUGCCGUCGCCCGGACCGCAGGCCGGGAUGGAACGGGUGAGCGUCGUGUAUUUCGUCCGGCCCACGCACCACAGUUUGAUGAAGCCCGUGGGGAGAUUCGACACCCAAGACAACGACGACCGCGUCAAGGUCGCGGGCAAGUUUUCAGACGGCAUCGACAGCAGCAAAGUGCACACGGCGAGAGAAUGGCUCGAGAAGCGCUACGUACAACUGGCGUCCUCAAAAGAGUGA